CGUGACAAUUGUCCAUGGUGAAGACUUCUCUGUUUAUCCACAUAUAGAUAUAUUUAUAUAUAUAUAUCUACCCUCUAAGUGAUUUCGAGGAAGAAACUAUUAAACAACAUCUAAUUUUUGGUAAGUCAAAACGUCACAGUUUAAUUUUCUCAAGUGUGCGUAUAAGCUUAAUUUAGCUGUUGUGGAACCAUUGGCACGUAUAUCUUUUAAUCUUAGACAACUCCUUUCCUCUAAGUGCUAUCUAGUGACAGCGAAAAAAACGAUGUCUAAUCCUAUACUCUCUGACCAUAAUGGGUUGAUUUAUAAAGAUCAAGAUUUACCUUUAGAAAGUCUUGCCAAUCCCAUGCGUCAUGGAAUUCCUCAGAGUAAUUCAUGGGGCCCGGAAAUUCAAGAAGACCUCAAUUUGGAGGCAGAAAGCAACUCCGAUAGUCAUUUCCACUACAAUCCAGCAAGAGACUGGCGUAAAAAAGAUGACAUGGCAAAGAUUGGGAAAACUCCCAACGCUGCUGCACUGAUAGAACGCAUGCUUCAGUACAUGAAGACCGACCCACCGUUUCCAUCCCCCUUAAAGCAUGUCCUUGCCUUUAUCAACGGCGAGUCUGGUGAGAAGAAUACGUCUUCGAUCGUGCACAGAUCCUUGAUCACGGAGCUCGGCGUAGAAUACGUCGUGUUGUUGUCAAAGGACAUGUUCGCAAACCCUCGUUCGCUGCGUCAGCGGAUCAAAGAGCAGAGUGUUGUUUAUCAUCCUGAAAAAAUCAACGUACGGGAACGUACCUUGGUGGGAAAUGUAUCCCAAACAUACGAAGACGAUGAAAAGUCAUCGUCGUACAGGGGAACGAUUGUCAUCUCUGGGGGUGACGGGACGAUCUCUUUUAUCAUGGAUCAAGUCCAGCUCGUGGGAGAAGAAUUAGAGAAGGAGUUCGGACUCGAGAUGAGGGCAUCAUCGUCCGAGCAGUGGGAAGUGGACUCACUCACAACUUGUGAUCACGAGGAGUGCACUAUGAACACUCAUCACGCAACGGGCAUUCAAAAACAAACACCUAAUCGUGAUAAGGUAUCCUGUGAGAUGUCAUGCCAUUCCCUCGCGAGGGAACUCUUUACGUUGCCCGCUAUUGCGGUAAUUCCAAUGGGCACCGGCAAUGACUUCAGCAAUUGCCUUGGCUUUGGGAGUGGUCUCAAGAUAAAUGAUGUUUCGCUUUGCUGCUACGGCUGCGAUUCGACCGUGAUCAAACUCUUGCAAGAGGCGACGAGUUCCGAGUGCAUCGCAUUCGACCGUUGGUUGGCAGAGUUUGUUCCCCUUGAGGUGGCUCAACGCUACCUCAAACGAACCCCGCAUUCCCUUUCGCCGGUGCAGGCCAACGACGAAAGAGUUUUUGUACGCAUGACGGCCAUGAACGAGACGGCAGCAACCCACGCCGAAAACGCUCAUGAGGAGAUGAAGGAAAUGUCAGUCAACGGAUGCGCCCUUUCGCCCACUUCAAGUCUGGUCGACUCUCGACCGGAGCACAAUGCGGCCAAUCUAGUCCAUCACAUUGAUUGGGAACGUGUUCGCGAGGAUGCCCGAUACAAGUCGCGGAAUGUCACCAAUUACGUCAGUGUCGGCUACGAUUCCUACGUCACGUACCAGUUUGAUCGCUUUCGUCGGCAGCAUCCGUGGUUCUGCAGCACGCGGACGCGGAAUAAGAUGGUGUACUGCGCGAUGGGCCUUAAAGCGGGGACGAAGUGCAAGCGGCUUCGACGGCUGGUGCCCGCCGUGUGCGUUCCCGACCCCUUUGCCCCCGCCGGGAGGCCCGAGAUGGUCGCCCUGCGGCUCCCCAAACACGCCAAGGCGCUGUUGUUCAGCAACGUCGACUGCUACUCCGGCGGAACGCGGCCAUGGUCGUCCAGAGGGGGUCUUUACUACCGCCCGGCUGAGCUGCAAAAAGGGAACGUAAGGGGCGCCGCCCCGACGACGACGCCCCCCGUGAUGCCGGUGAGCGUCAACGACGGAAAGUUCGAGGUGCAGGCGAUGGGCGGUGUGCUCGACUAUGGCUCCCUCAGCGUUGGCAUUACCGGCGCCACGAAGAUUAUCCAGUCUGGCGAGGCCUUCGCCUUCGUCCGGUGCUCCCCGGAUGACCUUCGCUACCCCUAUCAGACACCUCAGAGCGACCUGCCAAGUGAUGUGCUCUCGCCCACAAGGGCUAACGAUGAUCCAUCGGGGAGCAAGGAAAGCAUGCCGCCGAAGCUCUGGGUUCAGGUGGACGGGGAGGCGGUUUUCCCACUCACGGAGCCAACGAUCGUGCACAUCCGGCGGAUGAACCAGGGUAGGAUCUACGUGCGUUGCCGAAAUCCAUCAUUGCUAUCGCAACUAACGACAACUAAGAAACCCUAG